UCCGCUACUCGAUACUCGAAUUUUCCGGGCAAAAUAAGCCGUGUGUACCGGUGUGUCUAAGUCAACGAGUCGGUCGGUCGCGCGCGCGUGUUCCACCGAUCGCCUGCACAUCGGUCGGAGUCGGAUUUUCAAAAAUUUCAUCAUCUCCGAUGAGCAACGAUCAUCCGAAGGCGCAGGAAUCAAGAGAACACCUAAGAUUGCGCUGGAUGUGGGAGCAAAAUCAGCGCCGCGAGCACGAGCGAAGAAAGCGGGAGUUCAUGGCGGAAUACGAACGAAACAGAGCCGAAAGACUGAGGCAAGGGGGUGAAAAUAACGGGAGCGACGAUAACAGAGAGAGCCGAGACGAACCCUCUAGGUGCCAUCAUCGAGAACCGAGCAAAUCACCGAUGGUCAAAGAAAAGCAGCUGAAGUUCACGGUGGAGGCGAGGGAGAGCGAUCCGAGUAGGCCUACCGUGAAUUACCAAAACGUUGUCAUAGAGAGAAGACCCGGAUCGAUUGCAGGAGAAGGAUCUAGGCCGAUUUUCGAUCGACCCGAAGUACGUGUCAACGGAGAGUCCUGGUCGAAUUUCACAACUCACAGACGGACCAGUAGCGAGAGAGCCUCUUCGUCGUACGCUCCAGCAGAAGAAUACCGGACCAUCUCCGUAGUCGAUCCAGCAGCGGAGAGCUCGGCUGUGUCGGCCCCGCGACGUACCGAUCAUCGUCGCGAGCCCGCGAUAUUCGAGCCUGCGUCGUCGUCGUCGUCGUCGUCCAUUUGUCGACGCUUCCAAGACAUAUCGCUGGGCAAUCAUCAUCGCGUUCGAGCCAGAAGUCGAGAUGAUUCGAGAGUCCCGACGAGCGAGCGCGACGAUCAUCGACGCGUCCAGCGGAGAUCCAGAUCGAGCUCGGCGUCCCGACGUCCCGAGUCGCGAAGCAUCCACCAUUCCAGGUCGCCGUCGCGCUCGAGGACGAGUCAGCACCAUCAUCGCGCCAGCGACAGGAGGAGGAGGAGCAGGAGCCCCGAACGAUCGCAUCGUCGUCGUUGCUCUAGCAGGUCGCGAUCUAGGUCACCGUCGAGUCGACGCGGGUUGAGCGUUUACGGGCCCCAGAUGCCGUAUCCGUUCCUCCUGCCGCCGCCGCCCCCGAUUUUCCCGAUGGGGCCUUUUCCCUAUCUACGACCACCACCUCCUCCUACUCCUCCUCUUGCUGCUCCUCCUCGUCAUCCAGCGCCUCGGUUCAACGCCGGAAAUCCCUAUUAUCGAGCGCCGUAUCGAUAAGAUUGAUUCAGCGAUGAAUCGCGCUAUUAUUAUUAUUAUCGUUAUGUAUAGAACUUACAUAAGGCUUAGAUUUAUGUGACUCCAACGCCCCAAAGUUCGUAUUGUCAAUUUUAAAAUUUGAUAAUUUUAUA